AUGCCCGCCACUUUACCCCGCCUGCCCGUCGAGCUCCUGCGCCGCAUCCUCGACGAGGUUACCAGAGGAGAGGACGCUGCGGAGCCUGAGGACUUGGGGAGGAUUGUCGCGCGGGUCUGCAGCGAAUGGAAGGACGUGGGACAAGAGCUGGCGUUUCGGAGGCCCGUAUUCUUGGGCUACUACCGCUCGGGAGCUGUUCCCGCCCUCAUCCGCCAUCUCCACGCCUUUCCUCACCUCGCCAACUACGUGCGAGAGAUCGUCCUAGGUUCUCAGCUCGAGGCAGAGAAGUGCACGACCGAGUCUCUCCGCCAGCUCUUCCAGAUCUGCCAGGGCGUCACGCACGUCGACUGGAGCUUCAAGUCGCCGGAUCUUCUCGACGCUACUUUCCCUCACCUCCCCUUUGCGAACCUCAUUUCCCUCGCCGUCUCUCGCGCGGGACUCUGGGACCCAUCACCCCUCCUUGCUGUCCUCCCAAAGUGCAUGCGCCUUCGCCGCUUCCAGCUCAACACAUCCCUGGAGAGCUCGUUCUUUCCGCCCAAGGCGCCUUCCCCGGAGCCCACCGCACCUCCGCAGCCUCUCCGCAGCCUCUCUCUUUACCGCUUCCUCAGCCUGUUCGACCCCGCCUCGCUCACGAGUCUCCGCGUCUCUUGUCAAUCACCCAACGUCGUCGGAGUGGCAGAAUGGAUCGCCCGCUGUGUCAACCUCCUUUCCCUCGACCUACGACUCGCAACAGGCCUCAACACGGGACGGUCCUGCCACAUCGAGACCUACACGAGGAUGUUGCGGAGCCUCCGACGUCUCGAGUCGCUCUGCCUUUCAGACAACCUGUACGACCUCGACGCACACGGCGACCGUACCCGACGUCAAGCCUUACUGUCCGGCUUCCUCGCCGCCUUGCCCGACACGCUCGUCGAGCUGGUUCUCGGCUUUGAGAUACCCCUAGGCGCAUGCUAUGAGAUCCUCGCAGCGUUCCUCGAGACGAGGUUGAUUGCGUCGCCAUUGUUGAGGGUCGAGUUCUGGACGACUCUCCGCAAAGAGGGCUUUGUUAACGUGACGGCGACGAAGCAGGUGUUGUUGAUUGAAGACUACGACAGCGAUGAUGAGGAUGACGAAGAACGCGACUACGUGUGGAUCUCCCAUGAGUGGGAAGAAGCAGGUCGGGCGGAUGCGAAGGAUCUGGCAGACGAAUUGGCAAACGUGCUGAGGAUCCUCCCAGACGAGAGUAUUGUUGCCGGGCGCCGAUGGUGCAUGAGCUUCGAUAAUACCGAGGGGACGUGCAGCUGGUGCAUGAGCGGUGAUGCCGGAUGGUGGGUAUUGGGAAGUGAGGAAGCUCGUAGGUACGAGCUGGAGGAGCCAGGUGGGCAGGCGGAGGAUUCUGAGUCGGAAUGGGAGUCGGAGGACGAGUCGGAGGAGGAGGAGGAGUCGGAAGAGGAGGAGGAGGCGGACGAGGAGGAGGAGGAGGAGGAGGAGGAGGAGGAGGAGGAGUAG